UUACAAAGUUUAAGUACUUAAACAAAAUAAUUAGGGUUUAUCUGGCUCUCGUCUUCUUCACCGAAGCAGGAAAAACACAGAAAAUUCUUACAGCACCAAAAUGGCUAGAGGGUUGAAGAAACAUCUGAAGAGGCUCAAUGCCCCGAAACAUUGGAUGCUUGAUAAGCUUGGUGGAGCAUUUGCUCCCAAGCCAUCCUCUGGUCCACACAAAUCAAGGGAAUGCUUGCCGUUGAUCAUUAUCUUGCGAAACAGGUUGAAAUAUGCUCUCACAUACAGAGAGGUGAUCUCAAUUUUGAUGCAACGUCAAGUUAUGGUUGACUCCAAAGUUAGGACGGAUAAGACUUAUCCAGCUGGUUUCAUGGAUGUGGUUUCAAUUCCGAAGACUAAUGAAAACUUCCGCCUCCUUUAUGACACCAAGGGCCGAUUCCGUCUUCACUCAGUCAGAGACGAGGAAGCCAAGUUUAAGCUUUGCAAGGUCCGCUCUAUUCAGUUUGGCCAGAAGGGAAUUCCAUACCUGAACACUUACGACGGAAGAACAAUCCGCUAUCCUGAUCCUCUCAUCAAAGCCAACGAUACCAUAAAGCUGGACCUGGAAUCCAAUAAGAUUGUCGAUUUCAUCAAGUUUGACGUCGGGAAUGUUGUGAUGGUUACUGGAGGUAGAAACAGGGGACGUGUUGGCGUUAUUAAGAACAGGGAGAAGCAUAAGGGUAGCUUCGAGACUGUCCACAUUCAGGAUGCGUUGGGGCAUGAAUUUGCUACCCGUUUGGGAAAUGUGUUCACUCUUGGAAAGGGUACUAAACCAUGGGUUUCACUACCUAAAGGUAAAGGUAUUAAGUUGUCCAUCAUCGAGGAGGCACGGAAAAGGCUGGCCGCUCAAUCAGCAACCACUGCUUAAAACUUCUUGGUUGUUUCAUCCACCGUUCAAGUCAAUUUCACGCUGUUGGAGUGUAGACGGAGUUAAGUUUUGCAGUUUUGAGUUUAAAUGUUUCGGUUUGUUUAGCAAUACCUAUUUUAUUCUGCGACCUGCCCUUUGAAUAUUUGUUUACUUGGUAGUUGAUACUUGUAUGGCUGGCAUUUUGAUGAGAUAAAAUGAUUAGACUCCUUUAUGGAUCAAAUCUUGUUCUUUUGGUA